CAGACAGGAAAACAUGGGGUGCUGCUCUGCACGAUGCAUGCUGAUCCUCCUGUGCUGCCUGCAGUUGGUCACUGCGCUGGAGAGGCAGGUGUUCGACUUCCUCGGCUAUCAGUGGGCGCCGAUCAUGAUCAACUUCUUUCACAUCAUCAUGGUCAUCCUCGGCCUGUUUGGUACCAUCCAGUACAGGUCAUGUUAUGUUGUUAUGUACCUGCUGUGGACCAUGUUGUGGGUCGGCUGGAAUGUCUUUGUCAGCUGCCUCUACCUGGAUUUGGGAGGCCUUUCAAAGGACAGCGACGUCCUCUCGCUGGGUGUGUCGUCACAUCGCUCCUGGUGGAAGGACAACGGGCCGGGCUGUGAGAGCGACGGCCUUCCCUCCGCUGGAUGGCAGAACCAGCAAAACCCCGAGCUGGCCACAGUGCUGAGCUGCUGGCUGGAAUACCAAUACAUAGAAAUCCUGCACUGCAUCGUCCAGCUGCUCAUAUCACUCCUGGGAUUCAUUUAUGCCUGCUACAUCGUCAGCACUUCCUCAGAUGAGGAGGACAGCUUUAAUUUCAUUGGUGAAUUUCAUCAUCCAUCCAAACCCUCUCAGUUGCUCUUCUAG